UUUGGGUUUCUGUGGAUUCAUGCCACUACUCAUUGUCCUAGUAUGUUGCACCAGAAAGAUAACACUGUUUAUUCAACAAUUCAUACGCAACAGAAACUCAAUAUCAACACGACAACCUGAUCCCGCCCCGAUUAUAACCUCAACGUUUCCCAACACAGCGAUAUAUCAGAUCAAUCCUCAACGGAACUACCAGCGGGCCCCUGAUCUGGGCAGGUUAUAUAUCCGACCUCCUGAUUCACCAGACAAGCCUGCGGAGUAUUACUGGAUUGUUCCUCCGCAUACUUUGGAGAUUACAGUUGAGAUUUCUCCUGCUGGAGAUGAAAUUGAACGUCUGGCGUACAAUGAUUUGAAUAAAUCAUGAAUAUUUGAUCCCACUAAUUCAAUCAUUAUGUUGUUUGGGAGUGUCGCUGAUUUUUUUGUGUGUGUGUUUUUGCUUAUUUAAUGAUUGUUUAUUUAUCUUGUGACGGUCAUAGCCACAUUGUCUGACACUCUGACACGAUCUUCACCGCACUGGCAACAUAGUUAAAAAAUCAGUCGAUGGAACAACUAAUGACAUUAAUAUAAUCUUUGGAGCAUGAUUGCAAGAUUUUAACAGGCUGAAGGAUGUAGAAUUAUCAUUCCAGCAAUUCCUCAGCGCAUAAAAAUAAAUCUUCCGGCAUAAAUCCUGCUUUACACAAUCGUUUUAGAUAUCUGUUUGACUUUGAGUUGUUUACGACAUAACAUUUGUUAUGUUUUUGUUUAAUGGCGUGGCUUUGUUGGUCUGUGCUGCAGUUGCCACCGGUGAUGCUGAGGCAGUUGGAGGAAUACGGGAAAACUUAGGAACGGAAAUUAAAGAUUACGAAAUCAUUGGAUUAAAAAAGAAGGACUUGGUUGUUAAAACGGACGAUAAGAAGUCGGACUUGAUAGCGAAACAAGAAGACAUAUUGAUGGUCAAAACUGAGAAGGCAAUUUUGAACCCAGUCGAGGCAAAACCGUACAUAACUGUACCCGCAUUAGAAUUCGAAGAUUCAGGCCCAACCCAGUCAAGAACAGCCAAAACUCUACCCGAAUUAGAAUUCGAAGAUUCAGGCCCAACCCAGUCAAGAACAGCCAAAACUCUACCCGAAUUAGAAUUCGAAGAUUCAGGCCCAACCCAGUCAAAAACAGCCAAAACUCUAUCCGAAUUAGAAUUCGAAGAUUCAGGCCCAACCCAGUCAAAAACAGCCAAAACUCUACCCGAAUUAGAAUUCGAAGAUUCAGGCCCAACCCAGUCAAAAACAGCCAAAACUCUACCCGAAUCAGAAAUUGAAGAUUCAGGCACAACCCAGCCAAAAACAGUAAACAAUAUACCCGAAUCAAAAAUCGAAGAGUCAGGCCCAAUACAAGCAAAAACGGACAACACUGUACUUGAAAGAGAAAUCGAAGAUACGGGCCGAGUCCAGGCUAAAACGGACAACACUGUACCCGAAACAGAAAUUAAAGACCCAAUCCAUGCAAAAACAGAACCCAUAUACAUCGUCACAACAACCAAACCAGCCUUUACGGACAACAGAACCGAACCCGAAGCCCCAGAUAAUCUAUCACACAACUGUGACGCUAUCUCGCACCCACUCCUCUCUCCGCACUGUGCACUCUGGCUCUACUCCCACUACCAUCACAUCAGGGGAGGGUGGCGGCAGUGUCAGGAGUUCGGGUCCAGUUAUAACAGGCGGUGUGGGUUGUGGUGGGCCAAGUGCAAGAGGAGGAAGAGGAAUCAGCAUUGUUGUAUAAGUGUGCAUUGUAAUGCGAAGUUGUUCCAUGGGCUCAAUCUGGGGUAGUGUGUGGGGGAUCACGGGAGCAGGGUUCGGAAAUCAAGCGGUGUUAUUCUUCAGAUUGUAGAACUUGGGGAAUUUAGUU